GAAGUGCACGUAUCCUCUAGAUUGAGUAACACUUUGUCAACACUUGAACGGAGGACUUUCCACGAUGGCAUCCUCUGUGUUGUUGGUGUUGCUGGUACUUCAGUUUGGAUUUGCACACAGCUCUCACAAACACCUCCAUGAAGAUCAUUACACCGGCCAGCAGCACAACCCUGAACAUGACAUGAACAUCCUGCUGGGAGAUGAGGACACUGAGGUGCUAAAGAAACUCAGCCCAGAGGAACAGAGGGAAAAGAUGAUGGAAAUUGUGAAGCGAAUCGAUACGAAUGGUGACAAUCUGCUAAGUUCAGAGGAGAUCACACUGUGGAUUCAGCAGGUCUACAGGAAAUACGCCCUGGAUGAUGCAAAGGAGCGGUUCCCUGAGUUUGACACUAACAAAGAUGGUGUUGUAACGUGGGAAGAAUACAACAUAGUCACUCAUGACCAGCUCGUUAGUUUGGAUGACAGCGCUGUUCUGGAUGAUCCAGAGCAAGAAUCUCUCAGACUUCUCCACCUGAAGGAGAAGAGGCGCUUUGACUUUGCUGAUGUGGACGGCACUUCUGGUCUUAAUGUGAUGGAGUUUCUUGCCUUCACCCACCCGUCUGAAGUGGAUCACAUGGCUGAUUUUGCCAUUGAAGAUGUGCUGAGUGAAUAUGACACAGAUAAAGAUGGAUUCAUCAGCCUGAAAGAAUUUAUUGGAGAUGUCCGUGGUGACGCGGAUUCCCCUUCACAGUGGGAGAUUGAAGAAACAGUGCGGUUCAGAGACCUCUAUGAUCAAGAUAAGGAUGGCAAGUUGAAUCGAGACGAGCAGCUCCGCUGGGUUGCGCCUAACAGCUACGGCUCCGCAAGAGAAGAGGCUCUUCACCUCAUCAAGGAAAUGGACCUCGACGGAGACGGGCAGAUCUCAGUGGCUGAAGUUUUGAAAAACCAAGAAACAUUCAUGAACAGUGAAGUGACAGACUACGGCAGACAGCUGCACGUAUCACACGAUGAAUUAUAACAUUAUAUUUUUGUGAAGUUCCUUAUAUGUGUCAUUGAUUAUGUAAUGUUUAUUUCCUGUGUUGCACUUACGUUCUUGCACUGUAUUUACAUCAUUGCUGAUCCUGUCCGUCAACCAUCAUUUAUAAUAUUGAUUAUGGACUAAAUGGCAGGAAAACACACAUUGCAACAUAAGCAUGAUACAUCACUGACUCACUUACACACCUCUGAACUGAUCACAGUGUUGUGUACGCAAAGUCUGAACAAAAUAGUACCUGUUGCAGUGCUGUUAAAUUGGAUUGCAUAAUAUCCCAAGCCACUCCUGUUAUUUUGCCCACUCAAACACACACACAUAUCCUGAAGAACAGGGAACUGGAAACAUGCUUGUAACCACAAGAAAUUUAAGUUUGCUUUGAUCACAUUUAUUCAACAGCUUUGUUGAACUGUCACUGUGUCAUCAUAAGUUGUCUUCUCACAUGUGCCCAAAGUGAACUGACACGAGUCUCAGUCCAUUUGUGGUAACCGUUGACAUGUUGCAGCUCUUCCUCAUUUAAAUCAAAUGAGUAAGUGAGUGUUGCUGUUUGACGGCUGGUUUCCUGAAUGUGUCAUGAUCCGUUUCACUUGUUGCAGCGAGCAACAGCCUGCCUCACUGCCAGGCGUUAUAAAGUGACUUGAAGUUGAGUGGAUUCUCCAACGGGGACUAUUUUUUAACCGCUGCCAAGAUGAAAUUAGAAUUCAAAGAUGCCUUUUGGGUGAGUUAGUAGGUCUUCUUUUGGAGGAUGUUUAUUUUCAGAGCUUAAGUUGACUGUUUGUUACUGAGCUGUGAAGUCAGUGUUGUAUUCAGUAUGUUUACUGGAGUUUUGAGGUGAUAUCAUUCCACUUCUACUGUAUUUAUGCUUUUCAUUUUGUCUGGACAGUAUCACUGUACCAUUUACUAGUUAUAUCUGUAGCCUAUCUCUGACUACAGUUAGCUAACCACUCUGUCCUGUCUUUAGAGUAAUAUUCUUUGCUGUCUUUCCUUUGACUCACACUGAAACUCACAGAACAGGUGCUGAAUUGUUGCUUGGAUUAAAACAUUAACUUUUGAAA